CUUAACCGUAGCCUAAUCUAAAAAUGACCUGCAUCCGAGCCUGAGACAUUGAUAGAGACUGUUGCCGUGUGAGAUAAGCAAAUUGUCACUUUCGGACGUUGAACUAGUCCAUGCCCACCAAUGAGAAACGGAGCUAAUAACGCUCUCAACUGGGUUUUUUUACGGACCACCCUUUUCUUGGAGUUACAUGCGCACGGUGGCUGACCUGGCUGUUCACCACGCCGCAGCUAGUGUGUCUCAGGUAGCUUAUGUAGCUCAGUGGGGAAUGUUUCGGACAAUCGCAUGGUUACGUGGAAAUGUUUCGACUCCUUGAUACGUAGGCUACAAGAUCGAAAGCAUGAAGAAAACUGCAAUUUAAAAUACAAAUAUAAAAUAAGUUAACGUAGGCUAGCUAACCACGGGAAUGAUGUUUACACUGACAGAGGUAGCCUCGUUAAAUGACAUCCAGCCAACCUACCGCAUACUGAAGCCAUGGUGGGAUGUGUUCAUGGACUACCUGGGGGUGGUCAUGCUCAUGUUGGCUAUCUUCGCCAUGACGAUGCAGAUCACGAAGGACCAGGUGGCUUGCCUGCCUUGCCUGGAGCGGGCGGAGCAGACGGCAUGUUCAAAUUCCUUCACCACACAAAGUCCACUGGAAAGUGCACCAUCGGCUGCCAGCAGGACCACAAUGGUUUCUGCCCCACUGCCCACAAAAGAUCUACCAGACAGUGCUGUCCAUGAGAUUCACGUCACUCACACGCAAACUGCCAUGAAAGCUGAGAGAAUAAUUGGACAACCCGAGCCAACGGGGGUCAGAACUAAUUUAGAUUAUCAACAGUACAUUUUUGUCAACCAAAUGUGUUACCAUGUUGCCUUGCCCUGGUACUCCAAGUACUUCCCUUACCUCACUCUUAUCCAUACCAUUGUGCUUAUGGUCAGCAGCAACUUCUGGUUUAAGUACCCAAAGACAAGUUCAAAGAUAGAGCACUUUGUGUCCAUUUUGGGCCGGUGCUUUGAAUCUCCUUGGACUACAAAGGCUCUGUCUGAAACAGCUUGUGAGGACUCUGAGGAGAAUAAACAGAGACUGACAGGCACUUCUUCAGCACCAAAACAGAUGUCAUCAGAAGGUAAAGAAGGGAGUAAUGACAGCCCAUCUACUCCUAUGCUUGCUGGAGUGAAAUUUUCGGCAGAUAAGCCCCUCACUGAAAUCCCAAGCAUGACCAUCCUGGACAAAAAAGAUGGAGAGCAGGCUAAAGCUCUUUUUGAAAAAGUGAGGAAAUUUCGUGCUCAUGUGGAGGACAGCGAUUUUAUCUACAAGCUUUAUGUAGCCCAGACAGUUGUCAAAACGUUCAAGUUCAUUUUGAUCUUGUCCUACACAUCAACCUUCAUGGCAUCUAUUGAUUUUCAGCAUGUAUGUACACCUGAAAAAGAAUUUAAGAAUUUAACCGGAUACUCUCAGUUUAUUUGCACACACAACAUGGCUUUUAUGCUAAAAAAGCUUCUUAUUAGCUACAUGGCUCUCAUAAUGAUCUAUGGGAUGGUAUGUUUGUAUACUCUUUUUUGGUUGUUCAGGCGACCCCUUAAAGAGUACUCAUUUGAGAAGGUCAGAGAGGAGAGCAGCUUUAGUGACAUUCCUGAUGUCAAGAAUGACUUUGCCUUCCUCUUACACAUGGUUGAUCAGUAUGACCAGCUGUAUUCCAAACGGUUUGGCGUAUUCCUCUCUGAGGUCAGUGAAAAUAAACUGAGAGAAAUCAGUUUGAAUCAUGAAUGGACUUUUGAGAAACUGAGACAACUUGUAAGCCGAAAUGCCCAAGACCAGCAGGAGCUUCAUCUUUUCAUGCUCUCUGGUCUCCCCAAUGCAGUGUUUGACCUCACCGAUCUGGAAGUGCUUAAACUGGAACUGAUUCCAGAGGUCAGGUUCUCAGCAAAGCUCUCACAAAUGACUAGUUUGCAGGAGCUACAUCUCUGCCACUGCCCUGCCAAAGUGGAGCAGACAGCAUUCGGCUUUCUUCGUGACCAUCUCCGCUGCCUUUAUGUGAAGUUCACAGAUGUUGCUGAGAUUCCUGCAUGGGUUUAUCUAUUGAGAAGCUUAAGGGAGCUUAACUUAGUUGGGAAUUUAAGCUCUGAAAAUAACAAAAUGAUUGGACUUGAGUCCCUUAGAGAUUUAAGACAUCUCAAGACAUUGUACCUGAAGAGCAACCUCACCAAAAUGCCCUCAAACCUCACUGAGCUGUCUCCUCACCUGAUUAAACUUGUGGUGCACAACGAUGGUACAAAACUUUUGGUUCUAAACAGCCUUAAGAAGAUGACAAACCUAGCUGAGCUGGAGCUGCACAACUGUGAAUUGGAGAGGAUCCCCCAUGCUAUUUUUAGCUUGACAAACCUUCAAGAGCUGGACCUCAAAUCCAACAGUAUUCGCACCAUCGAGGAAGUCAUCAGCUUUCAGCACCUCAAAAGAUUGACUUGCCUGAAACUGUGGCAUAACAAAAUCAUAACCAUUCCAGCAUCCAUAGGCCAGGUCAAAUGUUUGGAGUCAUUGCACCUCUCCCAUAACAAACUGGAGACCCUCCCCACAGCCCUUUUCCAUCUCCCCAAGCUCCGGCACCUGGACAUCAGUCAUAACUCCAUCACAGUGAUCCCUCCAGAUGUAGGUCUGCUGCAGAAUCUCCAGCACCUCGCCAUCAACUCAAACAAGAUAGAGAUCCUUCCCAAACAGCUGUUCCGGUGUACGAAGCUGAAGGUCUUGUGUCUGGCAAACAAUGGCCUUUCCACAAUGCCUGAGACUGUAGGCCAGCUGGUGCAGCUCACCCAGCUGGAGCUGAGAGGGAAUUGUCUAGACCGCCUGCCCACACAACUGGGGAAUUGUCGCCUUCUUCGUAAAAACGGCCUCAUUGUUGAGGACCACCUUUUUGACGCUUUGCCUGUGGAGGUAAAAGAGAGUAUGAGUCGGGAAACCAAUGUGUCCUUUGCUAGUGGCUUAUAGCACAGUAUCACAAUGUUAGCACCCCAAAGGUUUAAGCCUUCAAGCACUUAUUGUGGAGGGAUUUACUUAAUUUGUAUUAAUAAUAUUAUUAACUGUAGCAACUUUUAUUGAUUAUUCAAAUGUAUAGUUUUAGUUGUACUAUAUUGUCGUAAUUAAGUUCAGUUAUUGACAUUCAAGUUUCUGUCAUGUUAAAGAUAUAGCUGAUAGCUAUGUAGUGUUUUGUUUGGUUUUCUAAUAUUGUUUGCUGUAAUUAUUUUAGAUUUAUAAUAGCAUUUCUUCUAUAUAAUACUCAGGUAUAACCAUGGAAACAAUAUUUUGCCUUAACUGCUGCUAUUUCUCAAAGAGCUUUCAUACUUUAGGCCAAAUUAUGUCGGUCUUAUCCACAGUACAAUUUUUACCUUUUAGAAAGUGAACAAAAAAAGGGUCUCUUUUGAGAAGUAAUUCAUUUGUGUUACAAACACCACAUUUAUUUGAUCCCUCAGUGAUGUCUAGUAGUCAUGGCAUCUUGACAGUGUGACAGUUGGUGUGUGAUGAUAAGACGUCGGAAGCUCCUAAGGAUAGUAUUUUCAGUUUAGGUGUUUUGAGCAAGGAGAUAGAGCUGAACGUUUGGGCUCUCAUGGUGGGAAUGGUGUGCUUUAUAUUGGAAUGCAACCCAAAAAACAAUGUUUGUUUAGAGAUUGAAUGUUUAAGGAUAACACUCCUGUUGGAAAUAUGAUCGGUCAAAGAGGGAGACAGAUUUGAUCUGACUUGGUUAUCAUGUUUUCCAAAGAGUUUAAAUGAGGCUAAACAUUGAUCCAGUUACUAUACAUUAUACAAUGGAGUCACAUUUAUGCUGUUGAUUGUAUUUCUGUAUGUAAGUGUUCACAGGUACACAAGCUAUACCAUUGCUCAUUACUGAUCAUAAUACUCUUAAGUCCAUUCAUUUAUGGAUCAAUAAAGAUAGAUUUUAGAUGCACUUUC